AGCUGUUGACAUUUUAUGGACGUUGGGCCCUAACAUGUGAUGCGAUUGUUAGAUGGUGAUAUCAGUGCUGUUGUGGUGGUACAAGCAUUGCAGGGAAAGACGGGUUAUGUUAACGUGAAGGAACAUUGUCCAGUAUACUUGCAUGGAAUGUAGAAAAACAUGAAAAUGUAAUCGACUAUCUCGUACCGUCCGUGAAAAGUUGCAAAUUGUGAUUCUAAAAACCAAAUCAGUGUUGACGUCCGAAAUAAAUCGGUUUGAAUGCUAAGAUUCCUGUUCCUUUUUAUUGAUCGUGUUUGAGAGUGCCGUCUUUGUUAAUACCGUGUGAUUUGUCGAGAAGUGCUUCUGUAGUUUCAGCCCAAAGUAGUAAUGUGAAAUAAUUGAUUGCUCCAGAGCCCAGCAUUUAAUAAACGAAAAUGCAUGUUGACGUGAGAUAGCAUUGGGGAACUGCUGCCUGGAAAUAAAGCCAUUUAAAUUAUAAAAACAUGGGUUGCUGCUCGUGCACAGUGAAAACAAAAAAAAUUUUGGUGUUUGGCUUUGGAGGAGGCCUUUUAGUCGUAGGACUUUUUAUUGGUGGCUUCAUGAACAUGAUAGUUGACAGUGUUCUGAGUUCUGCAAUGGUUCUAAGGGAAGGUUCCUUGACUUAUGAUAAGUGGAUAAAAUUGCCAGUAGAUUUGUAUAUGGAGUUCUAUAUGUUCAAUGUAACCAAUUCUGAGGAAUAUGCAAAGAAUCAAUCCAUUAAACCAAUACUAAAAGAAAUUGGACCUUAUGUAUUCAGGGAGUAUCACGGAAGGAAUAUUUUAGGCUGGAAUGACAAUAAUGGUACCAUAACAUUUCAGAAUAUCAGAACUUGGCAGUUUGCUCCAGAGCUUUCUGAUGGACUUGAGAAUGAUUUGAUUAUGACAAUAAAUGCUGUUCCUGCAACUCUUAAUUACCUAGCUCGUUUGAUGGGACCUGUGGAACGAGUUUUACUAUCAUCCUUGUUGACUGUGUCUGGAGAAGGAAUGUUUAUAAACAAGACUGUGAGAGAAUUGUUGUUUGAUGGUUACCAGGACCCAAUACUGGAUGUUGUAAAUAAAUUGAACACGUCUAUUUCAAUACCAUUUAAGCAGUUUGGAUACUUUGUUGAUCGUAAUGGUUCAGAAACGUAUGAUGGUGUGUUCAAUAUGUAUACUGGUAAGGACAACAUCGAGCUUCUGGGUACAGUUGCCGAAUGGAAUUACAACAGUUUUACACCUUACUAUGAGCGACCAUGCAGCGAUGUCACGGGCACCACUGGAGAACUUUGGGGGCCAAUCAGAAAUAAAAAUGAUGUUGGGAUAUUUGCUCCUGACAUUUGUAUGACACUGAAGUUGAAAUACAGUGGUGCAGCAGAGUUAAAUGGAUUGGAAGGCUACAGCUACCUUUUGCGGGACAAUGCAUUCAACAAUAGUGACCCUGAAGCAUCUUGCACAUGUCUACAAGAUACAGAUUGUGUACCUGCUGGCCUAUUGAAUGUAUCUGCUUGCCGCUAUAAUGCACCUGUCUUUGUAUCACGGCCGCACUUCUUAUUGUCUAAUUCAUCACUCCUUGAUGCCGUUGAGGGACUGAAGCCUGAUCCAGAAAAACACAAAUUAAGACUUGGUCUUGAACCUACUACUGGAGCACCCAUGUUUGUGGAUGCACGUUUGAUGUUGAACUUGCUGCUUGAACCUGUGAAACACAUUAAGAUGUUUGAGAAUCUCCCCAGGAGGAUAUAUUUUCCAGUAUUUUGGUUCAACCAAAAGGCAGUACUAAGCGAUGAAUUAAGUACAUUAGCGAAACUAGUGCAGAUAGCACCUGAUGUCGGAAUGGGUGUUUUCUUUGGAUUAGCUGGAAUUGGAGCUUUGAUGCUAUUCAUUGGAAUAAUGCUGACUGUGCGCCAUGGUUGGAAAGGCUCAGACACACAAGGGCUAAUCUAUGAAAAUUAAGAAUGCAUUGAUUCAUCAAAUUCAUAUUGAAGUGCCUUCAAACAAACAUUGAAAAAGACCCACCUUAGACACAGCUGUCACAUAAUUUUGUGCGGUUUUCACUAAGAAUUUUGUGGCCUUUCUAAAAGUAUUUUUGGUACUUUUGUGUGCCCUGAUAAAAUAAUGUUUUCCAUUGUCUCCGGUAUUCUUUUGUAUCUCGGCUAAAGAAUUAAGUUUUCAAGUUGUAGUUUGAUUGUUAGUGGGAAGCUAUAUAGCGAAGAGUGAAACGAUGAUACAUUUAAAAAUAAUGCAGCUUACAGCAUGUGUCACAUUUAGAUUCUACAACUUGUAGUUCAGGAUAUAUCGUGUGUGUGUGUGUGUGUGUGUGUGUGUGUGUGUGUGUGUGUGUGAGACAGAGAGAGAGAGAGAGAGAGAGAGAGAGAGAGAGAGAGAGAGAGUGAGAGUGAGAGAGAUGGAGGAGCUGCAGUGCAACCAAAGACUGUUUUACUGUUCCGUUUUGAGAUUAUGUAAAUAUUCUGUUGUAUCAAAUGAAGUAUAGCAUUUAUAAUAUGUUCAAAUGUGAUUUACUGAUUUGUGUAAUGAAACAAAAGUAAAUUAGUUACAGUUUAAUGUGUGAUCAGUGAAUUUUGUAUGUUGCUCCACUGAUUAUAGUUGUUUUACAAAAUUGUACUGUAGAAUGCAUUUUGUAUGUAUGAUGUCUUACAAACACAACACUUUUUAUAUUUUUACACAGAUGUAAAUGGAUGUGGGUUGAAAUUUUUGUUCAGUGCCUCUGUUCGAAGAUUUUGGUGUGCAGGCAAUUAAAUCAUCCAUGAAGUGAAGUGCCAGCUGUUCUGUUUUUUUAUGUCAAGUACAUAAUUCUGUAAGAAAAGCUCUUGAGAAACAGAGCAGCUAUAUCCUUCCAUGGAUAAUUUUAUUUGUGGUGGCACAUCAGAAAUUUCUGUGUACAAUUUUCAUUUAAGGAGAAAGUUUGUAAGUUUUGUUUUGUAAAGACAAAAUAAUGUAACAUAGAGCUUGAUUUUAGUAAACUGAGGCUGUGAUGUGUUACCAGUUCCUGAUUCAUUGUAUGGGAAUUCUAUAACAAGGGAAUACUGCUUUAGUGAUACAAAUGAUUACUUAUGUAAUUCUUGUCUAUUAUGAACUGCAUGAAAAUCGGUGAGGAAAAUAACAGUAUUGAAGUAUGA